AUGCCGGGAGCUGUAGUUUUCGGCUCCUGCGACAGCUGUGGGGAGGAGAUGGGGGCCCCGGCCUGGUCUCGCAGUAGUAGCUCCGUGGGGCGUUCGUUCCCGCGGCCCUGGUUUCGGAUCCACACUGCACCGCCGGGACACCGCCUCCCCUCUGCCCGGGCCCUCUCGCCCCGCCGGGGCCGGGCACGCAGGCGGGGACGGGCCUCUUCGCGGAGCGGCCAAUGGGGACUGAGCCUGGAGGCCGGGGCGUGGCGGCCCCGGCGCGACGCCCGGAGUGGCGGUUGUUUCAAGAUGGCGGACGCGGCGGGCCCCUCCCGCUCGGAGGCUGCUGCGUUCUGGACCCGGGAUCUUUCUGAUGAAGAACAAUCAGUAAUAUAUGUUCCAGGAAUUUCUACCGAAGGAAAUACCAGAUCAAGACACAAGUUGAUGAGUUCAAAAGCUGAUGCAAAAGUGAAGACUUCCAGGGUGACUGAAGCUUCCGUUUCCAUGGAGACAAUGCGAGGUGCAGGGGAUUCUGCAGAUGAACAGAAUUUCUGCAAAGGUGGAACAAGGAGUGCAUCAUUGAAAGAUUUAUGUCUUGAAGAUAAAAGACGUAUUGCAAACUUAAUUAAAGAACUUGCCAGAGUAAGUGAAGAAAAGGAAGUGACAGAAGAACGGCUGAAAGCUGAACAGGAAACGUUUGAGAAGAAGAUCCGGCAGUUGGAAGAACAGAAUGAACUGAUCAUCAAAGAAAGGGAAGCUCUUCAACUACAAUAUAGAGAAUGCCAAGAACUUCUAAGCCUCUAUCAGAAAUAUCUGUCAGAACAGCAGGAGAAGCUCACUAUGUCUCUCUCUGAACUUGGUGCUGCUAGAAUGCAGGAGGAACAGAGAGCCAAUAAGAAAAGCACUCUCCGAACUUCAUCUUUGGAACUGGAUGGUUCCUACCUGAGUGUAGCCAAACCACAGACCUGCUGUCAAAGCAAGCAAAGACCCAGGUCUACAAACCAGUCUUCAGCCUCAGAAUCCCUGUUGGAGUUUAGGAAUAAUCCUUUGAAACCAAUUCAUCAUCCCAAAGACAGUCCAGACAGGAUGCCACCAGAAACCAGAACAUGUAAUCAUGAAUCCCCAGGGAGAAAACCAGUGGAUGCAGGCCCAAAAGAGAAAGUUCCACCAGAAGAACUAAGGCUGAAGGAAUGUCCACACCUUAAAGAUGCUGCAUCUCGUCAGUGUUGUAAUCAGAGACUUCCUGAAAAUAUAGACCACGUUCAUGACAGUCAUUUUACAAAUAUGUGCUCUCAAUAUCCCAAGACACAUCAGGAAUCAUGUGGUUAUUGUGGACUUUCUUGGACAUCUCUGAUGCAUGGCAGAGGGGCACUACAGCCCAGCGAGUCUGAUGUCAAAAAGCAGCUCUCAGAAGAUAGAAGACACCAACUGAUGCUUCAGAAAAUGGAGCUGGAGAUUGAAAAGGAGCGCCUCCAGCAGCUGCUGGCUCGACAGGAGACAAAGCUGCUCCUCAAACAGCAGCAGCUCCAUCAGUCUCGGCUCGAUUACAACUGGUUAAGAACUCAAGCUGUGUUUCAGUCGAGAGGGCUGGUUGCUGACAAACAGCCUACCAAACCCCAAGAACUCAGUCUGGACCUGACUGGGAAUGACUGUGGAACCAGUUUACUAAGAUCAAAGUGUGAUGGCUGGCUACUUGGAGCAUCAUCAUCCACUAAGAAGUACCCAGAUGCCACCAACAGCGCUGAGAAUAAGAGGGAGAAGAAGACAGUUGGGUUUCAGUCACACGUGGAAGAUGAUGCUCCAUGGACAAGUCAAAAGAAAGAUGCAUCUAGACCCCAAAGAGAGACAAUGGCAGGAGUUAGGAAAGAUGCAUCCACAUCUCCUAUGCCAACAAGAAGUCAAAAGGAGCUUGCAAGUACAUCCUCAUCAUCAUUCCAACUCAACAGUUCAAGGUAUGAGACUUCUCUUCUGGAUUUGGUUAAGUCCCUGAGCCCAAAAUCUGCCUCAAGACCACAGCUGUGUCCCUCCAGAGAUGCUGGGAUCUGGAAUCACGGUGCCUUCCGACUUAGCCCUUCAAAACCCACCUGGAGGAAGAUGGGGGUGCGCAGGACCCCAGAAGACCUAGAGGAGAAUCAAAUUUUGGAAGAUAUAUUUUUCAUUUGACAGCAGAGUAUAUGCUGCAAAAUUUCUAUAGGGAACUUGCAGGUUUCCUUUUUUCUUCACAUAUAUACUGAUUUAGGAUUUUAAAUUAUUUGAUUGUACAGUGAUUGUAUAUCUCCUUUCACAGGGGCCUGUCCUACUAGCAACUUGUUAUGUGUUGAAUAUAGAAGUCAUUCAAAUCGCAAAGUAUUUUGGGAUCAGACCUGUCAAUAGAAAGCACACUGAUGGGGUGGACUCAGGGGAUAGUAGCUUUUCUUUGCCAACAACACAGGACACUUUCUGUCUGGCAGGGGUCAUUGUUUAUUCAGCUUCAUUUUAAGAGUGUUUCUCAGUCAUCUGCUGGAAAAUAUUACUCAUUUUUGUCCACAAAGAAAUCUUUUUCACUAAAAGAUCCUCUAAUACAAAAGUAGCACUUUGGUAACACAGAUACUUCCAGAAAGAUGAACUAUUUCACCUUCUCCAUCCUCUUCUGUCAUCACUUUGAGUGUGAUCAUUUGAUUCUGAAGUUGAAUUGGUGCUUCUAGCAGCAGAAGCAGGACUCGGGCCAGUUAUGAGUCAUCCUCAGCAGUCAUCAAGCAGCUGAUUAGGCAUCCCAUUGUUGAAGAACAUAGUGGGACCCAACCAAUCCCUGGAAACAGGCAAUAGUAAAUCAUAUGAAGGGGAAAUCAAAUGGCAGGAUGAGCCUGAAACACUUUUCGUACCAAUAUUCAAGUAACCAGCCCUUCAGUUUCCCAAGAAAAACAAAAACAUUCUCCAGGUGCCUUAUUGGCCCAAGUGUCUGUUUUGUUUACUUGCUGUCACAUGAUCUCUUAGACAGCUCCUAUGGCUGUCUCAGGGGAAGCCACAGGAGGGAGGGAGGCAUCCUGUUGCUGCAGGCUGAUAGGCUUCCUCAAGCUGCCAUCUCACUCGGUGAAGGUGAGAGGUCAUAGACUGACUAGGCACUGCAUGUGCUCUGCUCGGAGCUCCUGUCACAUUGCCCUGGAGAACCAUCUCACCAGGUUAUGCUCUGCUACCCAAGACAUGCUGUCCCCACCUAUCCUACUGUGUCUCAUUUUAACCCGGAGAAAGCCUGUGAAAGAAGCACAGUUGAGACUGCAUUCUCCAUUCUGUCUUCCUAUCAGCAGACCCUCUCAGGUUGCCUAUGUCAACUCACAGUGAGCCCCGGGGCUCCCCAGCUCAUCGGCAAUCACUUGGCCCCAUAUGACAGGGUCUUCAACCCCCAGUCAUUGGCACCAAGAGAAACGUGUGUCCCAGAAGGAUGUUCCUGGAUGACUUAAUGCAAUCAGCAAGGUGUUGGCUUUUUCUCUCUCCUUUUCUCUUAACCCCAGGCUAGAACUUUGAACAAGGCCCUGUCGGUUAGUAUUAGUGACCAAGGCAGGUCAGGCAUGCAUGGCUCCCAUGAGUUCUUCAGUUACCAAAGUUAGGUCUAGAAAGACCGUGUUGAGCAGCCUCUUUAUCUGGAUAAAUACCUAUCUCAUUGUCUUUUUGACUGAACCUAUGGCCUCUACUCGGCCUUCCUUCACUUGGCUGGUUUUGGAGGCCAAGAGAAUGAAACCUACCAACAUCCUAUCCUAAAUCUGAGAUAUACAUAAGGACAGGGCUAACUAGUGUAGUGUGUCUUUUCUGAAAAGUUGAAAAUUCAAAAUU